AUGGGACAUCACUCCAAAGGCAAAGAUAAGGCUUCCAAACGGCUACCGGACUCUUCCAGCAAAGUUCAAAAACUGCUGGACCAGGUGGCACAAGAACAAGCCAGAUAUGACCAGUACUACAAUGAGUACGCCGACAACGCACAACGAGCAACGGCAUACCAGGAGCAACUUGACGUUGAACAAGGCCAAUUAGCACAAUUGUCUGAUAGCAGUGAUGCAGCGCAAAGAGCCCGGGGUUAUGUUGGGGACCCCGAAAUGGGACCUGAGCAAGAGGCAUACAGGAGGCACAAUAGGCGCGCCGAUUUUGAAAGAAGUAUCACAACACUACAAGAUUCGAUUCAACAUUAUAACCGCAAGGCUGAGAGGGCGUCGAAAAAAUGCUCUGAGAAACAAAAAGAGAUAGCUGAUUUGCAGGCCAAGUUGCAAUCCCUGGCGGCAAAUCCUACAUUUGACACUGACAAAUGGUUCAUCCCGGGAACUGAUAGGCAUCCCGACUUUGACGAAGACGGACCAACUGGCAGUGUCAGCUGGGCCGGUGCAGGCCCAGCAUACUAG